AUGGCGUCUUGCUGCCGGCUUCCAAGAGCCGUGCUGCAGAGAAAGCUCCUGGGUCUCGGGCGCCGCGGCAGCGCUGCCGCCAAAGAUGGCGCCCAGGACUGCAUGCGAGACUGGCAUGCAUCUGUUCGAAUCUAUCAGCUGGCACAGGCCUUGCGACAUCGUGGGCACCUCGCUGCGCAGCUGGACCCUCUGCGAGGUAAGCAGAGUCGCAAGCUCUCCCCCAAAGAGCCCGUGCACUGGCGCAUUGGCGGGCGUCACGGUUCGAAGGUCGCGAGUAUCGAUGUGAACCGGUUGCUGGCCAACUAUCCGGACAGCAUCGAUCUCAGCGUCUUUGCCCUUGACGGUUUCGCAGAGUCUGACCGUCUUCCAGAAGGCGUCGCGAUCCCCACUUCCUGGCCCUCCAAUGUCGAUGGCUGGACGCUGAGGACCUUUGUAGACCGCCUCUGUCGAGCAUACGUCGGCUCCCUGAGCAUCGAGCAUCAGCACAUCGACAACCCGGUGGAAAGGCAUUGGCUCGAAGAUCGGGUCGAAGCCUGGGCGGGCUGCCCUCCCGAAGCGCCAAAGCGGCGAAAGGCCCUGCACCGGCUGCUUCGAGCGGAAACCUUCGAGCGCUUCCUUGGUGAGCGCUUUGCCAAGGCUAAGCGCUUCGGGCUCACUGGCUGCGAAGCCCUCUUGCCGGCGCUGUGGGCCAUGGCUGAGAAGGCCAGUGAGCUGGGCGUGGAGCAGCUGCAGUUGGGCAUGGCGCACCGUGGCAGACUCAAUGUUCUGGUGAACUUCAUGGGGAAGCGAGUCUGGGAGGUUUGCAGCGAGUUUGGCGAGCAGAAUGACUUUCUCGGAGACCUGAAGUAUCACCUGGGAACUCGUGGCACCUGUCAAAUUGGCAGCGCUUCGGUUCAGCUGACCCUUGCUCCAAAUCCUUCCCAUCUCGAGGCUGUUGACCCUGUGGUACUCGGAAUGACCCGUGCGAAGCAGGACUACAUGGGCAACCAAGACAUGCGAAAGGUCGCAGCCGUCCUCAUCCACGGCGAUGCUUCCUUUUGUGGUCAGGGGAUCCUGGCAGAAUGUCUUCAGCUGGCCGAUCUGCCAGCCUACACGACGGGUGGCACCGUCCAUUUCGUGAUUAACAACAUGGUUGGUUUCACGACCGACCCGCGCGCCGCCAGAUCGUCGUACCAUUGUACGAACGUGGCCAAAGUGAAUGACGCGCCCAUCAUCCACGUCAAUGCCGACGAUGUCGAUGCCGUGAUUUUUGCCUCGACGCUUGCAGCCGAUUUCCGACAGCGCUUCCGGAAGGACGUCGUUGUCGAUUUGGUUUGCUACCGAAGGGAGGGCCACAGCGAGGCCGAGGAUGCCUCGCUGACGCAGCCUCUGACGCACAAGCUCAUGCAGAGCCAUGACCCGGUGGCCGAGCAGUACACGCAAACCUUGAUUGACGCUGGACUGCUGUCUCAAGAGGAGGCGGACGAAGAAGUGAAUCAAAUCUACGAGGAGUUUGAUGCCGAGCAUCGGUAUUCCCAACUACAAGGACCCUGCCCCCAGACGUGGCGGGUGAAGGAGCCAAGCACACGGCCGGUGAACAUCACUGGCCUCCCUGUGUCUUGGCUGACGGCCAUCGGGGAGGCUGCCUACCGCAUCCCAGAAGGCGUCAGCGCACAUGCCACCGUGCGCAAACUCUUCCAAUCACGCCGAGCGCAGCUGCAUUCAGGCCGCAUCGACUGGCCGACCGCCGAACUCCUGGCUUUUGGCUCCUUGCUGCUGCGCUUCGACCCAGACCGGGAGGCAAUUCGCACGGGCUUGCUCCACCAUGACGACCACCAGUACGUCGUCCAUCCCCCAUGCCAUGUCAGGCUGUCAGGUCAAGACGUGGAACGUGGGACCUUCAAUCAACGGCAUUGCAUCAUUCACGACCAGGGCACGGCGAUCCCUCACAGCAUCCUCAGCAACCUGGGGCUGGGCGAGCAAUCCGAGGCCAUCGUGUGCAACUCCUCGCUUUCCGAGUUGGCCAUCCUCGGCUUCGAGUACGGCUACUCCCUAGAGGAGGGGGCCGGUCUUGCGCUCACGAUGUGGGAGGCGCAAUUUGGCGACUUCGCCAACUGCGCGCAGCCCAUCAUCGAUAACUUCGUGGCUAGUGGCGAGCAGAAGUGGGGCAAUUGCAGCAACCUGGUGAUGCUGCUGCCGCAUGGGCUGGAGGGCCAGGGCCCCGAGCAUUCCUCUGCACGCCCCGAGCGUUUUCUCCAGCUCCUGGACGAGGACCCCAAUGUCCUGUGGCCGGCGGAGAACGAGGAGUUGACGGAGAAGACAAAGCGCCAGGCGCGUGAGGCCGUUGCGAACGUCCUCGAAGCCACGGCCGCGGGCGAUGCCCUCGCUGUCGAGCGCAGUGUGGGCCGCCUAGCCGUCCUGCAGGAGAGCUUCGACUACUGCCGGAACAUGCUCGUGGCGUACAUCACCACACCGGCCAACUUGUUCCACGUUCUGAGGAGGCAGGUGCAUCGCACUUUCGCCAAGCCCCUCAUAUUGAUGUCAGCAAAAUAUUUGCUUCAUCACAGGCCCUGCCGGUCCCCUUUGGCCCACUUGGCAUCGGGAACGAGAUUCCAGCGUGUGAUCCAGGAGGGCGGCAGCGGCGACAACAUGGCGGCAGAGGCCGCAGAUGCCAAUGCCACCUGCAAGAGGUUAAUCUUCUGCAGCGGCAAGGUGUUUUACGAACUGCACCAUGCCCGAUGUGUGCGAGGGUUGGCAGGUGUAGUAGCACUGCAGCGACUGGAGCAAGUUGCGCCCUUUCCAGCUAUGUCGGUAGCAGUUGUGGCUGCGCAGCAUCCGAACGCCGAGAUCGUUUGGGUCCAGGAGGAGCCGGUAAACAUGGGCCCCUGGUCCUACGUCGCCCCUCGCUUCGCCACGGCCCUCCGAGAGUUGAGUCCGGAGGAUCAGCGUCAGGAGCGCCCUCUACGGUGCAUCGCCCGGCCGGCAGCUGCCAGCCCAGCGACUCCCCUUUUCAAAGUUCACCGGCAAGAGGUCCGGAAGCUCUUGGACCAAGCGCUCAGCUUCGAUGUCUACAGUUGCUCAGUGGGCUGCCGCGACGCCGCGCUGGCGUGCGCAGCCUCCGAGAAGGUGUACCUUUUCGAUGUGGGCCAGGGCAAGCAAAAGCAGGUCUUCAAGGACAGCCACACAGAUGUCGUGAACCACGUACGCUUCCACCCGGCAGAGAGCCAGAAACUUUUGACGGGUGCGGAGGAUAACCUAGUCGUCGUGCUGGACACAUCAAAGACGCGCGAGGAUGAAGCCAUGCUUGGGGUCAUCCCAAACGAAGAUUGCGUCCGGUCUUUCACAAUGAUCGGCCCCGAUCGUAACACGCUGUGCUGCUGCUCAACUGUGGAGGACGUGCGAAUCUGGGGUUUGGGCGACGACAACUUCGGGAGUCUCCGCGCCCAGUUCAUCGGGCUCAGGAGUCACCAGCUGCUCAUGCGCGGCGGAGGCGACGAUGAGGAUUUCGGCUUCGGCUAUGUUGUCGAGACUUUCUACGACGAGCCGUCAUCACAAGCCUUCCUCCUGGCAGGAGCGGGAAACGCUGGUGAUUUGCUCCUCUUCCGUGUCACGCUGGCGGAGGCCGCACCGGCGGCCGUGUUCACUGUUCCAGCGGGCAGUGGCAUGCGAGGCCACGAAGGCAUCGUGCGCUCUGCGAUAUGCCUGCCGGGUGGUCGUGUCAUCACUGCCGGGGAGGACGGUCGCAUCUGUGUUUGGAGCGAAUCCCCGGCCGGUGUGGGAGCAGGGGCUUCGGCACAGUUCCAACUCGAGCCCACAGCCUAUGGCGCCGUGCGCCGCGGGGGACAGCGAGAUGCUCCGUAUUGA